CGGCGAAUUCGCGCUAAAGCGUUUAAAGCACUCACCUGUUCAGUUUUUCGGUUUCUGGCGGUGUCUUUGGGGGCAUCUAGAGCCGGAGUUCACGCGUUGCCCCCUCGGCAACUCUCCGCUAAGUCAGCCCCAAACACAGAUCCAGAUCCCGGUCCGGAGUUGAAGAUUCUCGCAACCUCAGCCGAAGACCGACACGUCGCCUUCUUCCUCGCCGCGUUUUUCCAUGGCUUCCGCGACUCCUGCUCCGUUGCCUGUUCGUCCACCCGACAGGCUGCCAACAACUUCUCCGAGACUGCUCUCUGAAAUCCUUCCAGUCGUCUCUCCGGUGCCGCCGCCUGCCCAGCCGUCUUCGCCGCUCCAUCCCGCAUCCUUUAUGCACAGCACGCUGCUCCGGUCCUCCCCAACAAAACACACCCUCGUGUCCGAGCACCAUGGCCCGCUCCUGCCGCUUCCACUGAGAGACAUGGAAGCCAAACAGCACCAGAUAAAGAGCCUAAAGAGCUACCCGGAGACCGGCGGCCGGAGCCUGGCGGCAGCCGCCGGGGGAGACGGAGGGGGCGGCGGCGGCGGGUACCGAGCCGGCUCGGCGGAGAUGGAGAUGGAGGCGAAGAUCCAGAAAGCCAUCGACUUCAAGGCGGAGGGUCAUCGCUGCUACAAGGAGAAAAAAUUUCGGGAAGCGAUUGGCAAGUACCACCGGGCGCUGCUGCAGCUCAAAGGGGUGCAUGUUGUCGACGGGACGACGGGCUCCGAGGUCAACCUGCUGAACCAAGCCGCGGCCAAGCUGACCGAGGAGCAGCGGAGAGCCGUGGAGAGCACCGAGAUCGAGUGCUACGACAGCCUGACAGCGUGCCUGUUGCAGUCCGAGCUGGUAAACUACGAGAGAGUGAAGGAGUACUGUCUGAAGGUGCUUAGCCACCAGAGAGACCACUUCAAGGCCAUGUACCGAGCCGGCAUCGCCUUCUAUCACCUGGGUGACUACGAAUGUGCCCUUCGUUACCUGCGUGAUGCCAAGAACCGCGAACCCACAGACACCAAUGUGCUGCGGUACAUCCAGCUGACAGAGAUGAAGAUGAGCAAGAGUGGACAGCGGGAGAAAGAGAGCGGCAAAGAGUCCCAGGGCUAAUCCUCGACCUUUUCACCCUCCUGACCCUUCAACCUUUGACCCUACGAGCAGUCCCAGAUCAACCUUCCCUCUCCCCACCUCCUCUAUCGACUCCUGACAGCAGCACAGCCCACAGACCGAAGAGAUGGACCCAAUCACCUGCCAGCCAUGCACAAAAAUGGGAGACAUAUCAGGAGCUGUCUGCAACCCU